UUUCCGAACAAUAAUAAUAUUUACAGAUUUUUCAAAUCAAUUUCACAAGAGUUUCCCAGAACAAGUUGGGGGCUGGUCGACGGGCUGCUUCAAACGAGGCAGAGGGUUUCCGCUUCUUUAACUGGUUUGGUGGAGAAGGGAAUCAAAACUAGAUUGUUGGUAUUUGUAGUGGCGUUCAGCUGAGGAAGAAAUAUGUCGGUGACAGCGGGUGUUAGUGAUACUGUAAUAGCCAUUAGGGAUAAGCUGAGAGGUAAAAUUGGGCAAACAAAAGUUCAGCGUUAUUGGCCUGGUAAAGUUCCUGAAUGGGCUGAUGAUGAGAAUGAAGACAUUGCCGCUGCCGAUAUUAGACCCUCCAGGGAAGCUGCGUUGGAGAAAGUAUUUCCUCGUCACGAAGAAGAUACUGCUAUAGUCAGAAAAGAUGAUCGCCGGCUCCGGCGAUUGGCUGAGAGUCGGAUAGAUAACCGGGAGGAGGUGAGGGCUGAUCAUCGCCGCAUUCGGCAAGCUGAGAUUGUUUCCACCAUUGAAGAGGAGGCCAGGAGGCAGGAAGGGUUGGAAUUGGAAGAAGAAGAUGAAAAUGCUUUGGCAGAAAGAAGGAGGCUGAUCAAAGAGAAGUUGCUUCAAAGAGAGCAGGAAGAGGCGCUUCCUCAAGAAGAGGAGGAGGAGGAGGAAGAGGAGGAGGAGGAGGAGGAAUCUGAGUAUGAGACUGACUCUGAUGAGGAAUAUACUGGAGUGGCUAUGGUGAAGCCUGUUUUUGUUCCCAAGUCUGAGAGAGAUACCAUUGCUGAGCGUGAGCGGCUUGAGGCUGAGGAACAGGCACUUGAAGAUGCAAGGAAGAGGAGGUUAGAGGAAAGAAGGAUUGAGACGAAGCAGAUUGUUGUUGAGGAGAUCCGAAAGGAUGAAGAAAUCCAGAAAAACUUGGAAAUGGAGGCCAACAUUGCUGAUGUGGAUACUGAUGAUGAAGUCAAUGAGGCUGAGGAGUAUGAGGCUUGGAAAAUUAGGGAGAUUGGUAGGAUCAAGAGGGAUAGGGAGGAUCGGGAGGCAAUGUUGAAGGAAAAAGAAGAGAUUGAGCGGGUGAGAAACAUGACAGAGGAAGAGAGGAGGGAGUGGGAAAGGAAGAAUCCGAAACCUGCUCCACCACCAAAGCAGAAGUGGAGAUUUAUGCAGAAAUACUAUCACAAGGGAGCUUUCUUCCAGUCUGAAUCUGAUGAUCGGGCUUCCACUGUUGGAUCUGAUGGUAUUUUCACACGUGAUUUCUCAGCUCCAACUGGGGAGGAUAAAAUGGACAAGACAAUAUUACCCAAGGUUAUGCAAGUCAAGCACUUUGGUCGUAGUGGAAGAACUAAAUGGACCCAUCUUGUCAACGAGGAUACAACUGAUUGGAACAACCCAUGGACUUACAAUGAUCCUCUUCGUGCAAAGUAUAAUGACAAAAUGGCAGCAAUGAACGCGCCUAUGUCAAAACCUAAAGGAAGCAGAAAAUUGAAGGAUUGGGAAUCUCGAUGAAAAUUUGAACUUAGAGAAUUAUGCUUGGAGAUCUAGUCGUUUCAGUUACUAGACUUGAGAUGUCCUUAUCCCGUGUAUGCUUGUGCUCUGUCUUAAAACAUAACGUAAACUAGUUUAUCAUGGAUCAAGCAUGUAUGCAAUGGAUCAUGGAAGGCAGUUCUUUCAUGCAGAAUGUGACAGGAAUUCACACUAGUUUAUGCUGAUUUUCUUUAUUAGGAUUU